CCUCCCUCCGCCGCCUCCUGCGCUGGCUGCGUCCUCGCCUGGUUCUCCGCCAGGCCACGCAAGUGGCCGUCCACUCCAUCCCCUCCUCCUCACCCUGGCUCCGGCCGGUCCAUUGUGCAUUGUGCACAAAUGUCAUCCUGAACAAAGGGUCCCAGCAGACCAAGCCCGUUGACCGAGCUGAGCUUUAUGAGAGAACACUGGCGGAACACCUCACCCACUCCAAGCACCCAAUGCCAUGACCAAGGCAGGCAGAGAGCGAUAGUAACACUUCGCUUUCUGGACCGUCUUCGGACCUCGAUUUGUGUAACGGAGAUAUGACCUGAGAAACCUUGCAUGCACCUGGUAAUCGGGGACUGACAUGGGCCAGAUGGAGUAAGACGGUAUAAAGUACAUGGAUUGUUCAGCUUUUGUCACAUGGAACAGGCGUAACAUGAAGAGAUCUGUGCUCUGAUAUGAAGAUGAAAGACCUCAGAGAAGACUGAGUCUGAGGCCAUGGUCCGUGCUACCCGGCACACUGUCAGACGUUGGGCUUCAUUCUCUGUGGAAGUGGAAAGUGGCGGGUUGCUCAAGAACGUGCCUUGAUUCACACACCAGAGUGGUGUUAGGCUCGAAGGGUUGCCAGGUUUGUCGGGAUGGAACACAGAGACCAAGUCUUCCAGUCAGACAUGACGAAGUCUGUUUGUCUCACUGGAAAUACUCGAAGUGGAUGCUUCCAGAACGUGGGAAAUCCUGACUGACUGCCCGAUACGUGCUUGAGAGAGAACAACAUGGCAAGAGGCAAUCGGACCACAGUGACAGAAUUUGUCCUUAUGGGAUUCACAGACCGUCCGGAGCUCCAGCUUCCCCUCUUUGUGGUGUUCCUGGUAAUUUAUCUCGUCACCUUGGUAGGAAACCUUGGCAUGAUUCUGCUCAUCAAGGUGGAUUUGAAGCUCCACACCCCCAUGUAUUAUUUCCUCGGCCACCUGGCAUUCAUCGAUGUCUGUUACUCAUCUUCCAUUGGGCCCAAGAUGCUGCAAAAUUUAUUGGUGAAGAAAAAAACCAUCUCCUUUUCAGGCUGCUUUGCCCAGCUGUACUUCUCCAGUGCUUUCGCCACCACCGAAUGCUUCCUCUUGGCCACGAUGGCCUAUGACCGCUACAUGGCUAUCUGCAACCCCCUGAUCUACACAGCCAUUAUGACCCAGCAGGUCUGCAAGGAGUUGGUGAUAGGGGUCUACACCUACAGCUUCCUCAACUCUGUAAUACAAACAGUUCUGACCUUCCAGUUGUCCUUCUGUGACUCCAACAUUAUCCACCACUUCUACUGUGCUGACCCCCCUCUCCUGGCCCUCUCCUGCUCUGACACCCACAACAAAGAGAAGCAGCUCUUGGUCUUCUCGGCGGUGAAUCUCACUGGAUCCCUCCUGACCGUCCUUAUCUCCUACGUUUGCAUCCUCUUUUCCGUUAUGAAAAUCCAAUCUUCCGAAGGCAAGUGCAAGGCGUUUUCCACCUGUGCCUCCCACCUCACUGUGGUCAUCGUCUUCUAUGGGACGUUGUUUUUCAUGUACCUGCAGCAACCCAAAGCAGGGGAUUCGUGGAAGUACAACAAAGUGGUCUCUGUGUUUUAUAGUCUUGUAAUUCCCCUGCUCAACCCUCUGAUCUACACCCUGAGGAACACGGAAGUAAAGGACACCCUGAGGAAGAUGCUAGAGGGCAACGAGCCAUAGUGAAUGAGUGGUCAGAAUGUAGCUUUGGGGAAGUAGGCUAUGCUGACACGGGGUAACCAACAUGGUUGAAAUUUUGCAGGCCCGUUGCCAUGCAGCCAAGCCAGUUUGGAUUUUUUUAGAGACCAAAAGUACCGGGCCGCUUGCUUGACGUGGUGAUAUUGAAUCCAACCAAUUAUCGUGGACUAAUCAGAAUUGAUUUACAAGCUACACAG